GCUGGUCGUUGAGCAGGCCCUUGGGGGGACGUGACGACCCCAGCGGACCCGAUCACCUUCGUCUCCUCUUCAUGGAGACCUCCGCCCCCGAGCAGCAGCAGUCCGCGGCGACGGCCAAGAUCAGGAACCUGCCCUGUUCAAAAAUUUAUCAGUGAAGACCGCCUGCCGCACCUGCUUCUCUAUGGUCCUCCGGGGACAGGAAAGACAUCCACCAUCCUCGCCUGUGCUAAACAGCUGUACAAAGAUAAGGAAUUCGGCUCCAUGGUCUUGGAGCUGAAUGCUUCAGAUGACCGAGGAAUAGAUAUCGUUCGGGGACCAAUCCUGAGCUUUGCUAGCACAAGGACAAUAUUUAAGAAAGGCUUUAAACUAGUGAUCUUGGAUGAAGCUGACGCCAUGACUCAGGACGCCCAGAAUGCCUUGAGGAGAGUGAUUGAGAAAUUUACUGAAAAUACCAGAUUUUGCCUCAUCUGUAACUAUCUGUCAAAGAUCAUCCCAGCCUUGCAGUCCCGAUGUACAAGGUUCCGAUUUGGUCCCCUCACUCCAGAACUCAUGGUCCCCCGCCUUCAGCAUGUUGUAGAAGAAGAGAAAGUUGCUAUAAGUGAAGAUGGGAUGAAAGCACUUGUAACUCUCUCCAGUGGAGAUAUGCGAAGGGCCCUGAACAUUUUGCAGAGCACCAAUAUGGCCUUUGGGAAGGUGACAGAGGAGACUGUCUACACCUGCACAGGGCACCCGCUCAAGUCAGACAUCGCCAACAUUCUGGACUGGAUGUUGAAUCAAGAUUUCACCACAGCCUACAGAAAUAUUACAGAGUUGAAAACUCUCAAGGGCUUGGCAUUACAUGAUAUCCUGACAGAGAUACACUUGUUCGUGCACAGAGUUGACUUUCCAACUUCAGUUCGAAUACAUUUAUUGACCAAAAUGGCAGACAUCGAGUACAGACUUUCUGUUGGCACCAACGAGAAGAUCCAGCUGAGUUCCCUCAUUGCCGCUUUUCAAGUCACCAGAGACCUGAUUGUCUCAGAGGCCUAGAUGUUGAGGAUCAUUUGCUACAGUUGUCACGCCCAGCAGUGACUGGAGAACAGGGGACUUGGUUAUGGGAUGAAGCCACAGUCACCCCACAUCUUGAAAACUGUUCCAGGCGUGGGUGGGCAGACGUUUAAAAAGUACUGUGUGUGUGGCUUUUUGGAACAGGGAUGUACAAAACAACUUUAACAUACAACUAUUAAUUGUGUUUUAUGGGGGGGAAGCAGCAAAAACCUUUUCUUCAGCCUUAAGGCUUUUACAGUUGCUUGGAUGACAGGAAACUGGCCUACCCCAUUUUGGUGUGGAACAUAAGGCUUUCAAAGUCCAAGUGUCUUCCAACUCAAGAUAAACAAAACAUCUCCAAAAUUAAGUUUAUAAAUCUAAUCUGUGGAACAAUCUUUGUAUCUAAAUAGAUGUUAGUAGAUUUCUGGCCAAAACUAUCAUACUCCUAUAAAAAUGGACUCAAUUCUCUUACUUUAAAAACUGGUCUUUUUAUUUCUCUUCUUGAAGUAGAAUUACUAGCAGGCCCCUAAUUGUGGUGUAUUGACAGUAGAGGAACGUUCACUUAGAUUAUGCCACUGGGGGCCAGAGGUUGUACAACACUCACUUGUCAAGGCAGGGAGGGCACGUGAGAUGGAGCUGGACUGUGAACCGGCACCUGCUCAAGGAUUAGGACUUGUUUCUAACUGGAGCGUUUAUUUCACAGCAAUUACGCUGCAUUUAUGAUAGUGGUCUUCACAAUAAAGCAGCUUUCUUGUUGGUUGUAUUA